GCACUUCCCCAUCCCUGUCCAUCACUCACACCUACCCUACCUCCAUCACCUGCACCGCCCCAUCCCCGUCCAUCACUCACACCUACCCUACCUCCAUCAUCUGCACCUCCCCAUCCAUCACUUACACCGCCACCUACCUAUCCACCAUCAUUGAACCCAUUAUUAAGCUUCUGAGCUAAGCGCCCGUUACUGACACCGAUCCCGCAGCCCGGGGACAUCCGGCCGCCAUCACCGAGCAAACCAAGCCAGUGCCGGGGUCGGACACAGCGAAGGGAGGGAGGGAGGGAGGUGGCCGAGCAUGACAUAACACGGAGACGCCGCGUACAGCGCCUGUUACUCCCUCGCUCUCCUCCUGCACCGCGGGUAACUUCUGUUUGUCCCAAUCUGAUACCAACAGCCCCGCCCCCAUCCCUGCUCUGAGCAUACAGGAAGCGUCUGAGGCUCAUCUGCUAUUACAGCAGAAUGGCUUCAUUUGGAUGGAAGAGGAAGAUUGGUGAGCGAGUUUCAAAAGUGACCUCCCAAAUCUUUGAAAAGGAAUCUGCCGAUGAGGCUGCCGUGACUGACGAUGAUGUGGAUUGGCUGCACUCCGUUAAGCGGAAGAAAGAAAUUCUCCUUGAAGAUAAUAUUACAAAAAGCAAACGACUUAAAGAAGAAGGAGCAGUUCUGGCCCUAAAUGGAAGGCACUCGGAAGCUGUAAAGAAGUGGGAUGAGGCAAUCCAAUUAACGCCCACGGAUGCCACGUUGUACGAGAUGAAAUCGCAGUCUCUUCUGUGUCUUCAUGAAAUAUUCCCAGCAGUACAAGCUGCUGAGACGGCAGUAAAAAGAAACCCACACUUUGUCGAGGCCUGGCAGGCUCUGGGGCGGGCGCAGCUGGGAUUAGGGGAAAUUGCAUUGGCCAUCCGGAGCUUCCAGAUCGGUCUCCACAUCUGUCCUGCCAACACGGAGCUGUGGCAAGAAGACCUGAAUUGGGCUCGGCAACUCCUCCAGCAGAAGAGAGAGAAUGAAGCAGCGGAGGAGCUGAAGAGAGAUCUCAGCAUUGAACAGUAUUUAAUUCCGGACUAUGACUUUGAGAGCGACGAGGUGGUGGCUGCCUGUGACGCCAUAUCACAGAGACAGAAAACAGCUGCGGCCAGUAACAACGCUGUCCUUGUGUCCUCAUCAUCAGGGGCAGGGACAGACCCGCAGAGCCAGAGAGAGGGAGCCUCCACAUCUGCUGAUGACUCGCCGUUGUUUAUCAAGGCACGAUAAUGGAGCUGCAAUUAACAUGUCUUCUCAUAUGUGUUAUCAAAUUGACCUUUAUUACGGUAGGGUUUCAUAAGGAGAUAGGGACUUACAGUGUAAGGGAAAGUUAUUGUUGUGUGGAGGUAUAUCCAGUGGUUUGAAAAGCAGCUUUCUCUAAGGCUAGCAUAUGCCAUGUUCUUGCACCAUGAUCCUCUGUUUAUUCUGGGUCGGUAUGGGAUCUCAGCGUACGGGAUGCUGGCUGUCACUAUACCGUCAACGGCAUCCCAGCCGCCAGAAUGCCGGAAGGGGGGUGAGCACAUAGAGGCCCCUUGCAGGCUUGCUGUGCUUGCGACAGGGUUCUAUUCUCCCUCUGUGGGUGUCAUGGACACCCACAGAGGGAGAAUCACCUACUUCGCCGGUAUUCUGGCGGCAGGAUUGUACCCCUGUCGGGAUUACAGCGUCGGUAUUGCAACCGCCGGGAUCCUGAUAGGCGGUGUUUAAAUGCAUACCGUUUAUUCAUCUACAGCAGUGGUUCUCAAACUCGGUCCUCAGGACCCCACACGGUUCACGUUUUCCAGGUCACCCAGCAGGUGCACUGUGUAUCACCAACUGUCACAUUUAAAAAAUCUACAGGUGACCUGGAAAACAUGAACCGUGUGGGGUCCUGAGGACCGAGUUUGAGAACCUGUGAUCUACAGUAUGAAACAUUUCCGCCUAAGAGUCAUCUCAGUAAGGGGGGAACCUGACGUGGUUACUCCCAGCACUGACUCAGUUAUUUGGUGACACUUUUUUGGAAACAGUGUUGAGCGCUUGAAACCAGUUGCGCUUAGCUAUAAAACACAAGAUGAAAUAUCGUUUUUAAAUAAAGCUUUGUGUGUAGAUUUCUCUGAAUGCUUUUUUCCCCUACAAAUUAUGUUUCUUUUGCAAAGAUUCUGAAUCGUAACAGGGGUUUCUUCAUGAAGCAGUGACAACAGUGGAGAAACAGACCUGUGGAGAAGAUGCCCAUGGCAACCAAUCAGCAACUCCCUUACAUUUUAAAGCAUGCACUUUAUAAAGGCUUCUCUCAAAGCUGAUUGGUUGCCAUGGGCAACUUCACUACUGGUCCUUUUCGCCACUCUUUUCACUGCUUCUGGAAUAGACCCCUAAUUGCUGAGAAUUGUGACAUAAGCACCGGCCAGGAUCAUGUUCUGAGCUGAAUCUUUGUGCCCUAAUUAUUAUCAUGAUCACAUAUACAGUACACAUAGAAAAAUGCUCCAUGUAUUAAGCUCUGAAAAAACGUUACAUCUCAUUUUUUUUUAUUCAAAGAGAGAUCCAAACCUGGGGGCUUAUGUAAUAGGGUCAGAGCUUGCUGGAGGUGUGGGAUGCCGGACGAUCUUGGAGGUUUUUUAAAGCGGCAAAACCAUGCCUUGCAAAUGAUUGCCACUUUAAACAAAAACCUCCAAGAUCGUCUGGCAUCUCGCACCUCCGGCAAGCUCUGACCCUAUUGCAUGCUGUAUGCCCCCUGGUCCGAACUUGAAACUAACGUAAUAGCGUAAGUGACCACUUUACAUUUAACCGUCUACAUAAAGGCUUCUGUUUUUUUGAGCAUGUGGCUGGGAGUCUUUAGAUAAAUUGCUCUCAUUAAAUAUGUCUUAUUGCCGCGAUAAGACGUAAAACUUGGCAAAGCAUUUGUGAGUGUAUUGUUAAAUUGACCCCUAAGUUUGAAAAACUCCCCAUAAUCAGUAACUGCCUGGUAUGUGUAUUACAUCCAUCCAUGAAAUUGCCCCUUCCUAUACAGAGCAGUAUAUUACAGGGUAUAGCCUGGGUGGCACAGGGCUCUGGGAAGCGCUGGUUUGGGGGGAAGCAGGCGCACUUUCUGGUUCAUUUCCAUAACUUGUUUGUGGAACAGUGGAAGGUGAAUUUCUGGGCGCACAAAUUGCUAAUAUAAUGUACGUUUAUAUGACGAUAAAUCUGGCAGAGAUCAUAUAAAUUGUCAUAGUCUUGUAUCCUUCAUCUUAUUAGGAUUUUCCUUCUAUGGCCUUUGCCUCUGACAGUGUAGAAGCAUGGUAUGCAUCCUAUUGUUUAAAGUGACUGUGGGCAUCCGAUUAAUAUCAUUUUCCCCUAUGCAGAUAAAUAUCUGUCUGUGAGCAAGGAUAGGUGCUGACGCACUGUCUGAUGUCAGUGAGACCCAACACGUGCUGUAGCAACACAGGAUAGCUAUGAACUAGUGCCAUGUGUGAGGUAAAAUUCCAUAGGCAGGAUCUAAGUCAUACACUUCCAACGCUGCUUCUUGCUUCCCCCCGGUGUGUGCUUCAUGUAUGAGUGUUGAUGAAUAUAUAUUUACAUAGCAAAUAUCUCGGAUAUGUUGGUUGCUGGAAGUACCUGUCACUGGCUCACUGAAGUUAUCCCAUGGCCUGAUGGGAAAUGCAAUCCUGCAGCUUCAUCAGGGAGUAAAAAGGAGCAGUCUAUAUAUAUUUCCAUGGCUCACCGUCCCACUCUGUUCUACCACAUGGAAACUGAACUGUAAAACAUUACAAAAGUGCAUUUUGUAACGCAUCCUACUCCACGAUGUAUAGUAUUACUGCUGACAUAGGACUAGGUUUAUCAAAGCUUUGCAAGAGAUAAAGUGCAGAAAUGUAAAGUACCAGCAACCAGCUCCCAACUGCCAUGUUACAGGCUGUGUUUGAAAAAUGAUAGUUGCUGGUUGGCUGGUACUUUAUCUCUCCAUUUUAUCACUCUCCAAGACUUAGGGGUACAUUUACUAAGCUUGUCAUUUUUCAAACACAACCUGUGACAUGGCAGUUUGGAGCUGAUUGGCUGGUACUUCAUCUCCAUCCACUUUAUCUCCACCCAAGGCUUAGUAAAUAGACCCCUUAUUACAUAGACCCCUUUCUCUCCCUCUCUCUCACUCUACUUUAUCACUAUCCUAGCUUUGCUAAAUCUAGCUCACAGUAUAACUACUGACAUAAUGUGAUGUUAGGUCCUGUAUAGCCAGAGAUCUAACAUUACUCCCAGAUGUCUGAGGUGUUUUGUACAAAACGCUGGUAUCCAGUGUCACAAACCCGGGACCUUUGCUCUUCAAUUCAAUACUCCGAUCAAGGGCGUAGCUACCAUAGGUGCAGGAAGUGCAGCUGCUAUGGGGCCCAGAGCUGAGAGGGGCCACCUUCCCUGUCACAGUUACAUGAGUUAUAUACAAGGGUGUAGCUACCAUAGGUGCAGAAAGUGUAUCUGCUAUGGGGCCCAGAGCUGAGAGGGGCCACCUUACCUGUCACAGUUACAUGUGUUAUAUACAGAGUGUAGCUACCAUAGGUGCAGAAAGUGCAUCUGCUAUGGGGCCCAGAGCUGAGAGGGGGCCACCUUCCCUGUCACAGUUACAUGUGUUAUAUACAGGGUAUAGCUACCAUAGGUGCAGGGAGUGCAGCUUCUAUGGAGCCCAGAGCUGAGAGGGGCCACCUUCCCUGUCACAGUUACAUGUGUUAUAAACAGGGUAUAUCUACCAUAGGUGCAGAAAGUGCAGCUGCUAUGGGGCCCAGAGCUGAGAGGGGCCCACCUUCCCUGUCACAGUUACAUGUGUUAUAUACAGGGUAUAGCUACCGUAGGUGAAGGGAGUGCAGCUGCUAUGGGGCCCAGAGCUGAGAGGAGUCACCUUCCCUGUCACAGUUACAUAGUGGCCCUUACAAACUUUUGUCCUGCAGCCUACAAUAUAUCUAGUUACGCCCCUGUACCUGCUCAUUGUAAUUGGUAUAAAAAUGAACUGGAGUGCUUUAUGUUACAUAAUAUAAAGUGGGGCACUGUAAUGUGGUAUAAUAUGAAGUGGAGACACUAUAGUGUGACAUAAUAUGAACUGGGGGCAGCACUGUAAUGUGGGAUAAUAUGAACUCGGGACACUGUAUGUCGUAAUAUGAAUUGGGGUUACUGUGUUGCAUAAUGUGUACUGGCAGCCAUACAGUGUGACAUAACGUGUACCAGGGGAUGGCAACUUUCAGCCUGGGGCGCAGACUCAAGCAAGUGGCCCAGCUUUUCACAGGGAAUGCAAAGCAAAAAUGGCCGUGGAACACUUAAAUUGCACUGGCCGGGGGAACAGAUGGCACCAUUCCCCCCUGUCCAGCCAGCCCCUGACGUGUUCUAGGGCACUACUAUGGUUUAGAAAAUGAACUAGGGCACUUCUAUGGGGCAUAACAUUAGCAACUGCAGCAGGGAAGCAUCUCUCGAGAAGCCUUGGGAUAUGGGCCCCUUCAAAAUGUUGCUAUGGGGUCCACAAAGUUCUGGCUACGUCCCUGAUUCCGAUUGAUUUAUAUCCGGUUUAGAUUGAUAACAAAAUGUGAUCUGGAGCUUGUAAAAAAUUAUUGCACAUUUCUCAACAAAAAAUCAUGAAAAGAAAGCGAAAUCCUGGUUGUCGACAUAUUUGAUGGAAAAAUGGUGACAUUAGGUGCUGACGCAUACAGUGCCGCACGCAACAUAUUGUGAUGGCAGAACUGUUUGCACAAUCAACAUCAUGCUCCACCUGAUAAUACAUGUUUUUGCACCCUUUACAUUGCAACAUGGUUUGUCCUGAUGCAGAUAAGUACAUGUGUCUGCUUGCUCCCAAUUCAGAACCAGACCCUAUAUGUAUAACACUUUUAAUAGAAAAUCUACUUUUAAUAAAACUGUUAUAAUGAAGAUUUAUAUUUUGGGAACUCUCAAUGUGAAUUCUUCGUGGAGAGUUAGAUUAUGUCAGUAAUAAAUGUUUUAUUACCCAGGUGUUACGCAAUGUUAGACAUUGUAUGACUUAGUAAUGUGUGGAUCGUUUCUAUGUUAUAAGAAGCAUCAGUAUUCUCAAUGUGUUAUUUUUUUACCCAGUAUGUUCUAUUAUUUUAAUUAGCGACCAGAAAUAAAGUUUAAGUGGUCUCUGUCUUU